UACGCAAAUGGUAGUAAGGGAAGGGCUGGGCUGUAAUGGGCUUGGCCGUGGAUGCAGGCGGCUGGGUUUUGGGUGGGAGUCAGGGGAUCUGCUGCUCUUGGAGCUGAAUGGCACGGUGAGGCUGCUGGUGCCUGGGAAAGAUGCGGAGCUGAGUUGCCUCUCAUCCCUUUCUGCCCUGGGAGGGGCGUCUGCUCUCAGCCAUGAGUGACAUGAACAAGAUCCUGCACAAAUGGAGCGCCAGCCUGAAGAAGGGCACUGACUUUGACUCGUGGGGGCAACUGGUGGAGGCCAUUGAUGAGUAUCAGAUAUUAGCAAGGCAGCUGCAGAAAGAAGCACAGUCUCCAGCCAACUCCUCUGACUUUACAGAAGAUCAGAAGAAAACCAUUGGGAAGAUUGCAACAUGCCUAGGACUCCGCAGUGCUGCCCUACAGUACACGCAGUCCCAGGAGGGCUUCACGCUGGAGGACGUAAAGAAACUAGAACCAAUUCUAAGCUCCAUUGUCACCUUCAACAAAGAAUUCCCCUUUGAUGUUCAGCCUGUUCCGUUAAGGAGGAUUUUAGCGCCCGGAGAAGAGGAGAAUUUAGAAGUAGACGAAGAGGAAGAAGAUGGCGGGGCCGGGAUUGGGUCUCCUGAUUUGUUUCCUGCCCGUGUACCAGGAGCCAUUCAAGGUACACUCUUACCCAGGCUGCCGUCUGAACCCGGAAUGACGUUACUCACAAUUAAAAUUGAGAAGAUUGGCUUGAAAGAUGCGGGACAGUGCAUUGAUCCUUACAUUACUGUUAGUGUAAAGGAUUUAAAUGGCAUUGAUUUGACUCCAGUACAAGACACCCCCAUGGCCACGAGGAAAGAGGACACGUAUGUCCAUUUUAAUGUUGAAAUUGAAAUCCAGAAACACGUGGAAAAACUUACCAAAGGGGCAGCUAUUUUCUUUGAAUUCAAACACUACAAACCGAAGAAGCGAUUCACCAGCACCAAGUGUUUUGCCUUCAUGGAAAUGGAUGAGAUAAAGCCGGGGCAGACAGUAAUAGAACUCUACAAGAAACCAACUGACUUUAAAAGGAAGAAAUUACAGUUGCUAACGAAGAAGCCGCUCUACCUUCACCUGCUUCAAACGCUGCUCAAGGACUGAGCGUCUGUGUGUCUUCCUCCAGGGUCAGACUCGCAAUACUGCAGUACCCACACACAGGGGAGGCCAUUCCAUCACUGGAGUCACAUGUCAAGAUAAAUCCAUCGGGAUAUGGAGCAUUUAUGUACAUUCACAUAAACAACUGUUUUUUUUUAAUAUACGUUGCCUGUAAUCCUACGUCAAAAAGUAGCAAAAUCAAUUUUUUUUGGUCCAACCAACAGCAAUAAUAGACUUGGGAUGUACCAUCUUGUGUCUUCAUACGAGUGUUAAAGGACUUUGGUGACUGGCUCACUCUUGUACAUAGGAGUCUAACACGUAUGAUCUGUGUACAUACAGCAUGCUUCCCAGGAGGGCGUGAAUCAUAUCUGGGAUCCAUUAUGUAUUUACCCAGAAACCCCAUUUAAUUCCAGCGCAUGGAACCCCCCCUUCCUCUCCUUACUCCCCCCUAUAUGAGACCUGACAUUAUUAUCUUCUUCCAAUGAAAAACCACUGGGCUUUUUCUAGGCAGAAUCCUAUUUUCUACAGAUUUAAUUUAACCCCUUUUUAAUCAUAUCUGUGUAAUUCCGACCCCAAUUCCUUAGCACCCGAAUGAUUUGUACUUCAACAGCUUUGUCACUCUAAUGUAUAUUUUGUAUUUUAUCCUCUAUCGGUGCAUUCGGUUUACUGGUAAAGCUGAAUGUCUGGGAAAGUAAUGAUUUCAUAUGUUCAGAUUCUGAUGUUUCCACGUUCGCACCCAAUAUCGUUCCCCCAGUGUCGGACUUGGACCCACUAGAGAAGCUGACGCCAACUCUCACAGCAAUCACAUUCAGAUUUUAGAUUGGCCCAAGAUGUUCUGAUUGGUCAGUCUGACACUCUAGUGAUUUCCCAUUGGCUCACAUACGUUAUGUUUAUUCUUUAACCUAUUUCCACCAACUUUAACAAAUAUGAUACAGGUAUGGGAUCCGUUAUCCGGGAAAACCCAUUAUCUAGAAAGUUCCAAAUUACGUAAAGGCCAUCUCCAUAGGAAAAAAAAUGUUACUUGUUUUGUGACGAAAAGUCGCGAGUUCCCUUCCUGCCCCUAAUUUGCAUACGAACAUUAGGAUUCCGUUUGUUCAAAAAAAGGCCGAAUCCUGGACUGAAUCCUUCGGUGCAUCCCUAGUAAAAUCCUUCCUCUCCAUUCAGAAGGUCUCUUGCAUUGCAACAAAAGCUGCUUUCAUGUAAACUUUGUUAAAAAAUAAAUUGUUUCAUUAGAUAAAACAA